UGUGGGAGGGAGGCCCCCCCCCCCGGCCUGGCGCAUGCGCCUUGCUGGGGUUCGAGGCCGUGGGAUGGAAGGUGCUGAGGGGCGCGAUGGGACGAGCAGCCCCCCCCCCCCUUAAAGGGCCAGGUGUCCCUUUCCAGGUGCAUGGGUUGGGACUCGAACUUGGGUCUGUGCCCGAAGCUUGGAGCGCCCUUCUGCAAGCGGAGUGGACAGCUUGGGCAGGACCUGGGAGAGCGCAGGCAGUCUAAAGCUACCAUAUUUCCAGUUCCAAAAUAAGAGGACAUAUUGUGGGGUGGGGGGAGAGAGAGGGUAUAUGACUGUGGGGGGCAGGGCAGUGAUAUGCUCCUGUCCCUCACUCCUAGCUCCCUCCCCCGCCACCUCUUACUGCAGCUCUGCCAGUGCCCCUCACUCCCAAACUGCAGUACCCUGCGCCUCGGGUGCUGCUGGUGCCCCUUGCUUCCCAUUUGCAGCCCCCUGCUCCUUCCAGCCCUGCGGUCGCAAGCACUGACCCUGGUGCUACCAGCCCAGCCAUGCAGCUGCCUGUAUUCCUGAAGAGUCCCCUCAUCUGGAGGGUCAGGCACCUCCCCUACCCUGCUGCAGCCUUGAACACCCCGCCCCCACAGUCCCCAAGUCCUGGUCCUCUAUCCCCUACCCCCACAGACUUACCUGUAUCUAGCUGCCAGGCUGCUCCCAUCCUGUGCCUGGCUACAUACCAACUGUGUCCACCCAGCCCCAAGCAGCUCUUUGCUAGGGCACGUUGGGAAGUGCCGGGAAAAACUUUGAAGCUGAGCAAAACUAAAUUCCAGAUAUUUGUUCAUAUUUUACAAAAUUGCCUGGACAGAGAUCAGAGGAUCUAAAAAUAGGACAUGCCCAGAAAAACCCGGAUGUAUGGUAACCCUCCCCAGAGCUGCUCCCUGACUCCGGCCACCUUGGCUAAGCACUUCCUGGGCUUCAGGGGCCUGGCUCUGCAUGCCCCCUAUACAUAGGUGGCAGAAGGCUGGAUCUAAUGGGAUUUAAUCUCCUGCAAACUAAUUGUGCGGUGGCUACCACCGUGCUGUGCCCAGUGCCCCUGCCAUACCCUCCACCACUUCCUUAUGUACAGCACCAGUGCGUGUUGGCUUCCCCAAUGACUCUGUGGGAGAGAGGAGCAGGGGUCAGGUCAACAUGCCCUGCACUGCCCAGCCCUCCCAAAUAAUAUUUUCUUCUGCUUAUGCCCCUACAUAGCAGUUCCCAGGGCUCAGGGCUUUAGGCUCCUGAAGUCCCAGAAGUUCUUGCCUGGGUCUUCCCCAUUUUCAGUGGCAGGCCUGCUGGGGUGGUGCAGUGGCAUGGGUGCCACAACGGAAAGGGAUCCAGGGAAUCCCUAGUCAGGCCUCUCUGUAAGCUGGGAAACAGGUUAUCCCGUUCGUAGAGGUAGGCCCUGAGUGUUGUCCUGCAGGAUCAGGCCCGUGCUGCUCGUGUGAUGGCUGGUUUGGCUUGUUAUGCAGCCCUGGGGGACCUUGAGCUCCUUUCCUGUGAGGUGUCAUGCAGUGUGAGCACCAUUACACCUGUAAAUGUGAUUCAUAGGAUCAACCCAGAGACUUCAAAUAGAAAUGCACUGCUGUGAUCUUCCUGAGUUCUUUGCAACAGAAAAAGUGCUCAGUUAUUUUUUUGUAGUCAAAAAGAAAAAAGAGAGUGAAAACUGAGACCUGGCAUUUUCUAAAGGGUGCCACAAAUCUAUCCAGGGGUACCUCAAGGUCUAAAAAGGAUUUGAGAACUACUGCCUUAAGACAUGCAGUUAGUCAUGCAGCCUGCGUUAGCCUAGGGUAGACCAGAUAGGAUGUUUCAACACAAUGCUGUGGAAAGAAAUGAUAGGACCCUGUGGUAACUGCGUUAGUACAUUUAUAAGGUUAUGAGAUGUUCUUGGUUUUAGCAUGGGAUGUAUAAUCAGGCUGGGGAGUAUUCAGAGACAUUAACGGUCUUUACCGGUCUGUGGUGAGUGGGUGUGCAUUUGGGGGUGAGGAGAAGUAGGCAGGAUGUUCAGCCUGUCCCCUCACUUUAACUUCUAGUAUCUAGUGGAUCGUCUCAACCAGCUGUUUUUAUAUACUGGUCAGCCUAUUCCAAAUGGAGAGUGCAAGAGAGCGAAACUUAUGAGAGUAAUUUGUGUCACUGCAGACUCCUUGCAAGGCAGCACCUUUGACUGGUAUAGGUUAACAAACCACUAUUUUCCUCCCGCUGAAUUAAGUUUGAUUGUGUUCCCGUAAGACUGGCUUCAGACAGAACUAUAGGAUGGUCUAUUUUGCCCCCAGAAUAUAACUUUAACUCUAAGCUGUAACUUAAUUACAUUUAGGACAAGAGAUGUCUUUUCAGAAUCUGGUUACUCAUAAAUUUGUUUCCCUUGCAUUUAAAUAAAAAUCUAGAUCUUCAUGCGUCGUAAUGAAAUAAAAUUAAGUCUAUUAUUGGAUCUUUUUCUUUUUGUGGAUGACUUUUUAGGACUCAAUGUAACAGUAAAAUAGCCUUUUAAUGUCACUGAGGGCAUAGUAGCCAGAACCUUGUACCAUAUAUAGCCACAAUUACAACUGAGUCAAAGGGCCUGGUUUAACUCAUUUGAAUGAAUAAUAAAAACAUGUUUCUCAAUUUGAUUUGAGUCCUGGAAGUAUUUAGGUCCUAUUGGUAUUUUUAAGUAGUUCUUUCCCUAUAGCUGUUUGGGAACUUUGUUCCAAAACAACUUAGAGAGAGAGAAAAAUAGUAAACUGUGGCUGAGAAGAAACUUGCUCCCCCUUUUGCUAUUUAGUUUAUGGAAGAAGCAAGGUUUUCUUUUUUCCCAGAAACUAAAAGGAGAGUUUGAAUUGUACUUGCCAGAAGCCAAGAAGAGGGUUUCUGUGGAAGACGCUAGUAGAAGUCUCACAACUUUCUCCCUUCAUUUUGUGGGAUUUCUUGCACUUUUCCUCCAGAUUAAAAGAUGUCUACUUCUAGUAUUGCAGCAAGAGUGCAAACCUGGCUUUCAUCUACAUGGCAUGUUAAAGUUCCUCGGACAUGGUUAGAAGCUUGUAUUAACUGGAUCCAGCAAGAAAAUGGCAGUGAUAAUUUAACACAAGCUCAAAUAAACAAACAAGUGUUUGAGCAGUGGCUCCUUACAGAUCUUAGAGAUUUGGAAUAUCCUGUUUUGCCUGACGGUAUCUUAGAUGCUCCUAAAGGAGAACUCUCUGGCUUUUAUUCCAUACAGAUUGAUUCAUUGGUUGAUGUCAGCCAGCCUGCAUAUUCCCAAUUGCAAAAGAUAAGAGGGAAAAGCACCCUAAAUGAAGAAGUAACAGCCAACAAUCAGGCAUCUCAAAAGACCUGGGAAGCAAAGCCUACUCAAAUGCUAAUGCUGCAGCUAACUGAUGGAAUACAUCAGAUUCAGGGUAUGGAAUACCAACCAGUUCCUGUUCUCCAUAGUGGUCUUCCUCCAGGUACAAAAAUUAUGGUGCAAGGUAACAUUGCGUAUCGUCUUGGAGUUCUCUUGCUUAAACCAGAAAAUGUGAAAUUGCUAGGGGGUGAAGUGGAUGUUCUUCUACAGGAGUACAGUCAGGAAAGAGUCCUUACAAGAUUGAUUGGAGAAGCUGAGAACCCUAAUCCUGUUGAACAAAGUGAUCGUGAACGAGUUACUGCAGGACCUGUAGAUGAGCUGCGCCAAGAUAUAGGGCCUUCAGAUGAAGAGCUUUUAGCAAGUCUUGAUGAAAAUGCAUUUUCUGUAAAUGUUGAGACAGCCUUAGAAAGUGGAUAUUGUAGUAGAAGUGACAGUUCAAAUACAACCACACAUUCACUUACUUCAAGCAGUGGAAACUGUUCGCAACAAAGAUUUGGGAACCCUUUGCCUGGGGCAGAUAAAGAGCCAAGUGUUCCAGCUGUGGAGUAUGUUGAUGGAGAUUUAGAUGGCAUUGCAUUAGAGGAGGCUUUAUUUUUAGAAGAAGAGAUCCAACAAGAGCUAGAAGAAAUUCAGAGAGUGCAGCCUCUGGUCGAAGACAGAAAUGUAUCUAUAAUUACAGAACAACUUUCAAAUAUGCCUAGAACCUCAUGCAUUUCAUCUUUAAAUUGCAUGCCUGAAAAAGAUGGUAAAAAUGAAAGGGUUUAUAAACUUGCACAAUGUACUAGGGAACAUCAGUUUUUGGAGAGAGAAUUAUCUGUUGGAAGCAAAAGUAAUACAAAUAAUUUCUCACCACAGCAUAAUGUCUGGCAGACCCAUAACUUUACAGCUGAUUUGUCAUUGGAAAAUCCUUUUGAACAGGAGGCUGGUAGCAAAGUGGACCUAGUCAAGAGUGUUCAGAAACCUCAUAGCUUUUCUGACAACAUACCUUUGAACAAUGGACAAGAUAACUUUUCAAAAAAUGAACCACAACUUGCGAAGCAGGAGCACAAUGUAGAAGCCUUUUCUUCCAAAGCAACAGAAAACUGUAGAGGUCUUGAUUUACAUUCUCCACCUUUUACAUAUAUUUCUGUGCUCCUUGCAAAUAAGCCAGAAACAGUUACAACUGUGAAACUUAAAGCCUUCAUUGUAACCCUUACUGGAAAUCUUACAAGCAACAAUGGUUUCUGGAGUGUCCUGGCAAAAAUUUCUGAUGGUACUUCUUACCUAGAGGUAAAUUUUGCUGAUGAAAUUUUAACCAGUUUGAUUGGGUUUUCAGUGCCUGAAAUGAAGAUGUUAAAGAAAGAUCCUGCUUUACAUCCAAAACUUAAGGAUGGUUUACAGAGAUGCCAAAGAGAACUAAUAGAUCUUUGCUGUUUGAUGACUGUUGAGUUUAACCCCCAUGAGUCAAAAGCAACGGUAUUAUUUCUCCAUGAAGUUGAUGCAGUAGAUCUAGAAAACUUGAAGAAACGUUUAAACAAGUGAUUUAGGGGAUAACUCAUAUUUUCUAGGACUAAAUUCUACAAGUCAAGGAAUAUCAAAGUGUUAGCUUAAUUAAAAGCACAAGUGAAGUGACUUCUCCCUUCCCUCCCUUUACUUCAAAAAGGGGCAGGUGGAAAAAUCUGGUGAGGAGGGGGAAGUGAACAGAAAUCCAUGCCUUAGGAUAAAGGUAUUGAAACUUAAAAAUUCAGAACAAAUUUGUUUGAAAGCUUGUUUCAGAAAUUAAAAACAAAUUUGCUUUGAUCAACAUGUUCUUGUAUAUACAUUAUUUUUAUUUUAUAGCUCCCAUUUUAUGAUCAAGGAUCUAGAGGAACAUGUCUUAUUAGAUUGGAAGCUGGCAACCCAAAUACAGAGAAGCUGAUCCUUGCAUUGUUUUUUUCAGUGGAGUUACAUUAGAAGUGAGGUAGUUUCUGUAAGGUGUUGAUAUAGGGUAUUACUAGCCAGUUGAGGAAAGCAGGUGAGUACUUAAUAUUUUUUUUUGCUUUAGUCACAUAGCACUGGACCCUUCGGUAGGUUUCUAAUACCAUUGUAACAUCAUCAGUUCAAAACCUGUAUGCUUUGAAAUGUAAACAGAUAUUUAAUGUCUGAGAACUUGAAAAUGAAAAGCAAGCAUCAAUAAUAAAAUGAAGUAAACUUUCUUGUUCUUAUUGUCCAGGACAAGAAAAACAAGCAGUAACCAAAUGGGAUAACAUUUACACUUAUAAAAAUCUCAAAGCAUUUUAAAACAUUUUAAACAAAGGAUUUCUGUAAAAUGGGAAAAGCAAUUGGUUUAAUGACUUUUAGCUUGAUUAAUAUUUCUGCUCAAUAUAAAUUAAUCAAAAUCCAAUAAUAUUAAUAUAUAAUUUCCUCUCUCUUCUUUUCAGCAUUUGCUCAUUCUUUUUACUCAUGUUUUUAUAUUCCUGACAUGUUUAAUAUAAAUGUGUUAUACUGUAGCUAGUAUAUAUUUUUGUAUUGCCUUUAGAUUAAAAAAUAAAAGGCCAGUUUCAAAA